AUGCCCAACACCGCUGACAUGAAGAGGCUCGCCCUCCAGAUCCAGGCGGCCAGCAAGGAACGUCUAGACGACCAGGUCCGCUCCCUCGCCCAUAUCAACCCCUGGCUCACCACUACCCUCUCCUCCCAACCUCUUUCGGCUCAGCAUCAGUGGGAUACGGCAACUAUGGCCGGAAUUCGCGGACGGUAUCGAUCCCUCUCUCCUCUUACCGACCUCCUCCUCACACCCACCAUCCAUGACGACCCCCUCCAGCUCGCCCUCUACUCGCCGGACCUCUACCUAGCCAGCUCCACCUCGGGUACUUCAAGCGUGACUACUCCUACCGUCCCCUCUCUAGCCCCGUCCCUCCUCCCUUUCACCUACGACCCGCUCGGCAUCCCCUCAUCCCCCGUCUCGACCUCAUCAUGCUCAUCCUCCCUCGUCACACCCAGCUUCCUGACCUAUGCUACGCCAUACCAAUCAUCCAGCAACAUCGGCAUGGGUAUAGACCCCAAGCUGCUAUCGAUGGAAGGCGAGGGGAUAUUGAGCAGUCUCCUCACCGCGUCUUUCACGUCAUGGGAUGCUCCGGCGCCAUUGUGCGCUGACGACAUGAGUACCUCCUUCCUCUUGCCCAGCCAUGACUACUACGUACCCUACAACUCGUCUGCUCCACCCCCUCGCGCCUCGCCUCCCACUGCCGUCCUGUCUGCCACGCCCACCUCCUCCACCUCGUCCCUCGCAUCCUCACCCACCUCCAUCGCGUCCCGUCGCCACGCUCAUGACUUCAAUGUCGGCCUCACCAUCGGCUCGGCUCUCCCCAUCCCGAAGCGGAGGAAGCCUAAGCGGCCGGUGGUACCUCACGAGUGGGACAAUGUGCGGGACCCCAAGGAGAGGAGGAAGGCUCAGAAUAGGUCUGCUCAGCGGACGUUCAGGGCCAAGGCGAGGGGGUUGAUCGUCGCUGGUACAUGCCCGACUACGAUAGGCUGUGCUGCUGUCGUCUCAACACCCGCUAGGGAGAUCGUCUUCGGCAUCAAGGGUCACCAUUUGAGCCUCCGGGACGAUAACUCGGACGGGAGCAGCUACUAG